AUAGGCUAUUUUCAGCCUCUUUUGCAGAGUCGCUGACAGAGAUAGGGAGAAAGUGAGGGAAAGAAAGGGAAUCCCCACAACUGCAAAAGCAACAAUGUAGAUUGUAGAGAGAGAGAGAGAGAGAGAGAGAGAUGUUAUAUGUAUGAAAGAUUGAUAGGCACAGACUAUUCUUGUGGUAAAUCUCACGCAAACACAACACCACCACCCACCCUUUUUUGCUUCAAUAGAUCGCUAACCAUUUGAUCCUCUGCCCGUCUCCUCAAUUUCGUGCUUUGCGCUCCUUUCUCGCAGGGUGGUGAAACACUAGCUCAUUUCUUUUUCUCCCUUCUCUUUCCUCCUAUUUAGUACCGGGGGCUGAGAUUGCAAUGUCAAAGAUCGUAGCAUGAUUUUACUGUUUCUGAAAUCUACAAUACUACGACUCGAGGGGUGAAAAAUCUUCUGGCUUUCUUGAGAUCAAGAUGUUUACCAGAGGUGAUUUAGAUCUAAAUUUAGUGCUGAGAUAUGAUCCGUUACCGAAAGAAGUUUUGAAACCUGCAAUGCUCAAGCAGGAACAUAUAUUCAAGAAGCAGGUAAGCACAAGGUUAUCUGUGAACAGUCUACAAGAACGCAGAGUUUUCUUCGAGCAAAGGGUUUUGGUUCCUCAAUUUUGUUCCAAUCAGCAUUUUAACCACGUUAAUCGGGAUAAUUUAGUUAAAGAAAAUAGCCCCCUUUGUCCACAAAAGCCAGUAAAGAUAAAACACAGUUUCCAUGCUCGAGUGACACCUUCAGAGGAAGUCGAUCUCUCGUUAAGCAUUGGUUGGAACAAGCAAAGGAAUGAUAUUAUUGAUUUGGAGGACUCGGAUGAAACAGUGUUGCAUGGAGAAGUAAAUAACGUAUCUACAUUUGGUUAUGCUGCUCGUGUUGGGUAUUCGGGAGGCAAUUAUGAUUCGGGUUCUACUCAUAGCAUCAUCACUCAUGGCCCUGAUAAAAAUCAAUUUGAAGGGACAGAUAGAAGUCAGUACUCGAGUGUCGAUUGCAGCAGAGGUUUGCUCGAGCAAAGCUCUUUGAGUAAAGGAGUUACGCAAUGCUGCAAUGUUGUUAUCUCUGAAGAUACGCCAUCCAACAGAAAACGUUUUUCUUCUGAUGAACGAGCACUUCUAGACCUUAACCGACAUCCAAAUGAAUUAUCGUUUCACCCAACUGACCCCGGCUCUGUCAGUUCAUCAACCGGGGCUUUCUUGAGGGACUCCCGUGGAAUGGUUGGUGGGUCCCACGAUAAUGACGCCUCACACAACGCUCCCAACAGGAGAGAUCAAGCCGAUGAUGAUGAUUGCAAUAACGUUGUGGCAGCGUUGGACAGCUCGGGAAGUCAUGACGGGCAUACUAGUAAAGUUGAACCUGAAGGAAUGACCAUAACAUUGGAAAUCCAAAAUGGUUCUAAGCGUGCUGAGGAUACAAGAUUUUCAGAUGAAUGCAUGACUCGAGAUACAGUACUCGAAGACAUGGAAGUUGAUCGAUCUCCCAUCUUAUGCAAAUCCAAUUAUGCAGCAGACGACAACAUGUUAAGCAGAACAGUAACCGAGGAAUCUGGGAAUCGUUUGGCGAAGUCAAAUACCCCGGUAGAUAAUGCUGGUUUGUCACAAGCAGCAAAAUCUCCACGCCAUGAGGAUAAUGCUGAAUCUUGUGGUAACAACGAUUCGAAUUUCCAAGGCGGGGAUGAUCAGAAGGGUAAAGCAGCAGCAGAAGUUGACAACGAUGUCCAAAAGGGAGCGGUGUCUCUACUGUUUUUCAAGUUGGAAAGCACGAGAGACCGGAGCAAAACUAGGCAGCAAGAAAAUGACAGCAAUGAGCAGCAGCCUCUGUAUUCGUGUGACACUUUCGAGUCGAUGGUGCUCAAGCUGCCCGAAUGCAAUGUAGACGACGACGACUCUUGUGUGUCCUCGAAGCCCUUUGAAGUGAAGAACGUCACGAGCAAUAAGGAUUGCGGAAUCGCGCUGAGAAGGGGGAGACGAAUGAAAGAUUUCCGGAGGGACAUUCUUCCUAACUUGGCAUCUCUUUCAAGACAUGAGAUUUCUGAGGACAUCAAAAUUAUGGAGACAGUACUAAGAUCAAGAGAAUACAAGAAAAUCAUGUCCAGAAUGAAAGGUGGUGAGCAGAAAUGUUUCACACCUGUGAGAAGCAAGAGGUCUAGACUCAAUUAUGCUGGCCAAAAACACCAUUCAUGAAUUGUUUGUUCAUCACAAGUAGGAAAGGAUGACAUUCUUUUCUUUUUUUUUUUAGGAACUAUCUAUCUGGGAUUAUUAACAUAUUUAUGUUGUAAACAGAUUUGACAGAAUUAGGUAGUUUGACAUGAAAUUUGAUUUGUUUUUCCUUUGGAUUA